AAAAAGUUUUUGGCUGAGCUUAAGCUGUCAAAUGGUUAUUUUGUGCCAGACAUAAGCAUUACCAAACUUCGUUUUUGUAUUUCAUUAAAUUUAGCUAAGGUUUUUAAUAUAAGAAAUAACAUACCGAAGAAAGAUACAGAGACAAUAACUGCGAGAAAGGGUCAUCAUGUAUACGGAGCAGUAUUUGAAUUGAUUAAUCAUGAGUAAUAAUGAACGUAAAGAACAAGAAGAUGAACCCACAACUUCUUUGGAAGCACCGAAAUCGACUAACUUGAAGCAAACAAUAAAUGUUGAAAAUAAAACAGACACCAAAUAUGAUAGGUCCGCUUCUAGAGAGGGCCCGACCAAAGCACUCUCCUCGAAUUCGGACUCGUUGGAAAUCACCAGUUCAGGACAGGCGAAGCUAGUUUCUGUUCUUGAUGAUGGUACCGCAGACUCAGUGAGUUUGAGUACAUUGGCUUCAAAAGCAGCACUGAAGCCGAGGGAACCGAUAAGAGUUGGUUUUUAUGAUAUUGAGAGAACCAUUGGUAAAGGCAAUUUUGCCGUUGUCAAACUUGCACGGCACAGAAUAACUAAAAACGAGGUCGCUAUAAAAAUAAUUGACAAGAGCCAGUUGGAUUCAAUAAACUUGCAAAAGGUCUACCGUGAAGUUGAAAUAAUGAAACGAUUAAAUCAUCCACACAUCAUCAAACUCUACCAGGUGAUGGAAACGAAAAAUAUGAUUUACAUAGUAUCUGAAUACGCUAGUCAAGGGGAAAUAUUUGAUUACAUAGCAAAAUUUGGAAGGAUGUCUGAGGGUUCUGCAAGAAGUAAAUUUUGGCAGAUUUUAUCAGCGGUAGAAUAUUGCCAUAUGAAAAAUAUUGUACAUAGAGAUUUAAAGGCUGAAAACCUUCUACUUGAUAUUAAUAUGAAUAUAAAAAUCGCAGAUUUUGGGUUUUCGAACCACUUUAAGGUUGGUGAAUUGCUAGCAACAUGGUGUGGAUCCCCUCCCUACGCUGCACCUGAAGUUUUUGAAGGAAAACAGUACACCGGUCCGGAAAUUGAUAUAUGGUCACUAGGUGUGGUACUAUAUGUUCUAGUCUGUGGGGCUUUGCCGUUCGAUGGAUCUACAUUACAGAGUCUAAGAGACCGAGUACUGUCAGGAAGAUUUAGGAUCCCUUUCUUCAUGUCUUCAGACUGUGAGCAUUUGAUUCGAAGAAUGCUUGUUCUUGAUCCAUCGCGGCGAUACACAAUCAAUCAAAUCAAAACCCAUCGUUGGGUUUGCGGAGAAGCUCGUGAUACCGUUGUUGUAACACAAUGCAGCGUUAAUAUGGAUGGAACUUCAAGCAUUGAACCAAAUGAAGACAUACUACGGAUAAUGUCGGAAUUCGCUGGAAUACCUCCAGAAAAAACCAAAGCAAGUUUGAAAAAAAACAGUUACGACCAUGUUGCGGCGAUAUAUUUACUGCUUCAAGACCGAGUUAAUAGUAAGAAAAAUAUGCAAGAAUAUUCAAAACGUGUAAGUGAUAAUACACUGCCACGCAUUACAUCAAUGGGAUAUAAUGGAUCUUCUAAAGUACUACAUAAAACUAGACCUUCGAUCGAUAAACAACGAGUGAAGCAAACGUAUCAUACAGUAAAAGAAAAGACAAUAUCACCACUGCCAAGCGUAGACGAAGUAAAAUUUGGUAGUUUCCCAACGAAAUUUUCUCAGAAAAUCGUUGCCAAUUGUGAUAAUACCCAACUUCAAGAACAUAAUAAAAAUUGUGGUCCCACAUCUAUUAAAAACUAUGACCAUAAAGAAGCCCAAGUAAGCCAGUCAUUAGCAAAAGGAAGACCGACACCUAUUAAGAUUUCUCGUUUAAGUCGAGCCAAUAUAAGCUCAAGCCAGCACCCAAUAGCAACGCCAUAUGGUACAGACAAUAAAUUAUCGACUGUUAGUGAAAAAUGUCGCCAAGAGAAUCUAUUAUCUAAUGAACAUUUAAGUGGUUUAUUGACUGCGCCAAGCGUCAUAAACGAGAGUCUGCCUCACCCUCUCCAUCAAAACUUAAGAGAGUGUAUAAUUAAGCAGAGCUCAGAGGAUUGCCGUCUCCUAUUACAACAAGCCACUGCCAUUUCAGAAUCUAAGACGUAUGCUAAUAGUGAAACAGACAUCGAAAGCGAUGUUCCAAUUGAACUUAAGGACGUUAAAGAUGUAAAAAAAAUGUCUAGCUCCACUAGUUUCGAUUCUUCUUCUAGCGGACAAAAAGUUAAAGCGAAUUUUCAUUUCAAAAUGUCGGCAGAAGCAGCUAAACUUUUCCAAACAUUACAAGAAAGUCCACUUCCCAUAGAGAAACAGGAAGCUACUGAGCCACCAUCUAGUAAAUCAAAUUCAGCCAUAAAUAGAUGUGUCCUCCCAAGUGUGUCCAAAGCUCAUAACGGUUGCACCUCAAAAUCUUCUCAGACUGAUUCCAAAUGCAGGAAAUUUUGUAACGAAAAGUGUGCAUCUCGACUGAAGUCAACGAAAAUAGCCACUCAGUGCAGUACUAGUACUGAUGAGGGUUGUGAAACGGACCCCUCAAAUGAAAUGAAAGAUUGUUCGCAAUCGACGUGCGAUCUAACUCAGCGCAUGCAGUCUUAUGCUAGCAGCAGUUCAUCGAGCGGAGUGCUGGCAAGUUAUUCUAAAAGCUUGAGCCAAAACUUAAGCCGUGGUUCAUCAAACAGCAACUGUUCGGUAUUGGAAGGUAUAGAUCUAAACAUGACACCUAGUAUUGAUCUAGCAAGCAGCCUGCCAUCGUGCGCUAGCAAUACCACCUUAGCUACCGCAUCAGAUCGAAUGUCGGAUCGUUCCAUCUAUAAUAGUAAUAACUCGUGUUUUCAAAUACCAGUUUCAAGUAAUUCUUCGACACUUUGUGCUAAGCUGCCCAUGGAAUGUGUUGAUAAAAGGUCUCCAAUACAUUUUAGGGAAGGUCGACGGGCAAGUGAUGGUCUUGUUGCUCAAGGAUUUGUGAAUUCAAUGACAAUUUUAAAUUCUGGCGUUGGUUACGGUAGUUACCGUUAUGAUACCCGAAAACAAGAUUGCUGGCUGGAAUUGCAACAACUACAAAAGGAAGUUGUAUCACUUAAAUCGAAAUAUCGUAGCAAUAAAAUACCUCUAGACGACGGCGGCAAUUAUCAAUUUCACAGUAGUCAAUUUUACUCAAUUCCAAAUAGACUGUCACUUGACUUACAUCACCAGUUCGUACAAUCUCCACAUACUCCGAGGACUCCACAUCUAAUACGUCCACAACAUAGUUUCGAAACUAUAGAUUUUCCCUCGCCAUUCAUUAAUAAUGUACGCUUCGACGCAAGCAAUCUGCCUAUGACUUCGUCAGCUCGUGCCGAUAUGACGCUCCUUUGCAACAUUAAUCCAUUAGUUAUACAGCGACAGCCACUCCAACAACAGCUGCUACAGCACAGACUAUUGCAACAAAAAAGACAACUGUUACAAAAACAAUACGCCUUGGAGUCUCACAUCUCACGGCAACAGCUCAUGAUGCGUGAACAAUCUUUUAAAGCAGGUCCACCCCAACAAGUUGCUGGUCAAGGCUUAAUUGCAAGCAGUUUUGAGUCUGCAGAAUCAUGCCCACCUAGCGAUAUAUUUAUUAACGGUUUAAACGUCUUUGAACGGGCUUCAGGAAAGUUCCAACAGUCAUCUAUAAUCCCACUGCCUUAUGGCCCAACGAUUAAUAACUACAUGAAGACGUCUUAUAUAAAGCAGCAAUCUCAAGACCUUUCUUUGCUCACGAUGCCUACUAAAUAUACACCUCCGUUAAGUAGGCACGCGUCAGAGACUUGGAGCUCCCUUCCAACAACUGUGAACAGUAGUCAAUUGAAAAAAUCAAGUAAAUUAAUUGAAAACGGCGGACGCUUAGCGCCACAGUUUCAUGCAAAUGUAGACAAACGUUUACACAUCGAACUGGCAAACCGUCAUAAGGCCCCUAAGUGAAAGUCCCAUUCUGGAAUUAGCUGAACAUUUGGAGUCUGUAUGAUCAUUACAUACUUAAACAAUUUACGUAGUUAAUUCGUAUCGAAAACAAGAACAAUAAAAUAAUAUCAAUUACAUAA